GAUUUUUAUUUGUUGUCUGUGAGAAUGAGGAUUUGAUAACAGGAAGCUUUGAGAAUCAUGUGUGUGACACAUCCAAAAGUCGUGUUCGUGGUGUAGGCAAUUCACAACCAACAGCAGGCCGCUUUGUGCUUUCUCUCAACAGCCAUGGAUUUCGUUUUGAAUACACGCAUGAUAAACGCAUAGAUGGACGGAGAUAGUUCAACAACCGAUACCUCUCAGUUGGGGAUAACUGGAGAAUACAUGACUGGUGGCUACGUGCUUCAGUCUCAGGAUGACGAUGGGGAUGACCUGAAUGACCAUGAAGAUGGGAAUGGCGGUAAGGAUCACUUACGUGAGCAAGACAUCUACCUCCCCAUCGCCAAUGUGGCCCGCAUCAUGAAGAAUGCAGUUCCACAGACUGGAAAAAUUGCAAAAGACGCUAAGGAGUGUGUGCAGGAGUGCGUUAGCGAGUUCAUCAGCUUCAUCACGUCAGAGGCCAGCGAGCGCUGCCACCAGGAGAAGCGCAAGACCAUUAACGGGGAGGAUAUCCUGUUCGCCAUGUCUACGCUCGGCUUCGAUAUGUACGUGGAGCCCCUCAAACUCUACCUGCAGAAGUUCAGAGAGGCAAUGAAGGGUGAGAAGGGUAUCGCAGGUGUGUCUGUGUCUGAGGGCAUUGGCGAAGAACUCACUGAAGAAUCCUUUGCCAGUCAACUGCCGACAGGAAUAAUCACAGCAGAUGGUCAGCAACAGAACGUGAUGGUCUACACCACUUCCUACCAGGGGAUCCAAGGUGUGCAGCAGAUCCAGUUCUCAUGACCCUGUGGUGUCGACCUCUCUAGAGCGCUUGUGUCACAGAGGACGUGGCAGUUCUGCCUGUCCACAGUGUCUCAAAGAUGGAGGGCAGCUCGCAGAAGAUUAGCAUGAAGGUGAAAGAAAUGGUGACAACAACGAAAAUGAGGAAGAGGAUGCCGUUGGUGAUGAUGAUGCUGGUGAUGAUUGACUGUGAUGAUUAAUAGAAAUGCUUGGGCCCCACUGAGAAGUCGAGGUGGAGCAAGCAGGUCUGUCAAUGUGUUAAUUCAUUAGAGUGUGUUGUCCUUAGUGUAUAACAUGUUCGAGUAGUAAAUGUGAACUGUGAGGUUAGCUCACAACAGCAUUUAAAAUGUCUAGAAUUGCGUAGACUUUACAAAAAAAACCUUUUUCGGUCUAAUGUCCAUGUUGUACAUAUAAACAUUUUUGGGGUGGGGUAUUUGGACAAGACAAAUGGAUUUAGGCAUGAUAUUUUAGACAUUUUUUGUUUUGUUUUGUUUUUUGUUUUUUUGACCUAUUUAAAUGUCUUAUUUCAAGAACGAGGUUUCCAUUUCUAAUCUGGAACAUGGAGGGAUCUCCUUUUAUGUUGAAUCAUGUUGUCUCUCUUUUUUUGUAACUGAGUAAAUUAUAUACCAGACAAGCUGUUUGAAUAAAAAUCAUAAAAAAAUAAACCAUGA